CACACGGCACACGCCGGCGGUGCCACCCUCACACCCAGGUCCCCACGCUGUCCCCAACCCCACGCUGUCCCCAACCCCACGCUGUCCCCAACCCCACGCUGUCCCCGUCCCUGCAGCGUGGGGCUGGAUGGCAGUGCUGAUGCAAACCGUGGUUGGGUGGCAGCAUGGCUGUGUGUGAGCCAUGGAGGGGUGAGGAGUGGGGGCAGAGGGGCUCUGUCACCUGCGACGUGCGUGGGGACAGCAGGCACUGCCCACCCUGCAGGCAUCCGCUCCUGGGACAUCGACCUCACCUCCUGCAACCUGGAUGAGCAGCUGAAGCUCUUCGUCUCCCGCCACUCCGCCACCUUUUCCAGCAUUGUCAAAGGUCAGCGGACCCUGCAUCACCGCGGCGAUGUGCUGGAGACCCUGGUGCUGCUCAACCCCUCAGACAAGUCCCUGUGUGACGAGCUGCGCAACCUCAUCACGGAUGUGUCGCAGCACAAGCUGCUGGUGUUUGCGGGGCCCUGCGUGGAGGAGACAGGCGAGCUGAUGCUGCAGACUGGCUGCUUCUCGCUGCGGGACUUCAUCCAGAUCUUCACUGACAAGGAGGUCGGGGAGAUCCUGAGCUCUGCGGACCCCUCAGCCAAGGCCAGGCUGACCAUCAGCUGCCCCGACUUCGGGGAGUGGAAGGACUCGGGCUUGGACAAUCACAACCUGCAGGACUUCAUUGAGCUGCGCUACAACCCCGGCUGCAUCCUACCCGAGAUGGAGGGGCUGGAGGAGUUCAUGGAGUACCUCUCGGAGUCGUUGGAGCCCCAGUCGCCCUUCGACCUCCUGGAGCCCCCCACCAUGGUGGGUUUCCUCAAGCUCUCCAAGCCCUGCUGCUACAUCUUCCCGGGUGGGAGAGGGGACUCUGCUUUCUUCGCCGUUAACGGCUUCAACGUGCUGGUGAACGGCGGCUCCAACCCCAAAUCAUCCUUCUGGAAGCUGGUGCGGCACCUGGACCGCAUCGACUCCAUCCUGGUGACGCACGCGGGCACCGACAGCCUGCCUGGCAUCAACAGCCUGCUGCAGAGGAAACUGGCCGAGCUGGAGGAGGAACCAGCCUCGCAGGGUUCGCAGGGCAACGGCGACUGGGCCCGCAACCUCAUCUCCCCGGAGCUGGGCGUCGUCUUCCUCAACGCCUCCGAGAAGCUGAAGGCCAUCGAGGGCAACUCACGGGUGCUGAAGAGCUGUGAUGAGGCGGCGCUGACGCUGCACUACUUGGAGAAGUUGGGCAUCCGCCCCAACCCGCUGGCACGGGAUAGCAGCCCCCGCGUGGAGCCCACCGUCCUCUUCCAGAAGAUGGGAGUGGGACGGUUGGACAUGUACGUGCUGAACCCGGUGCGGGGCACCAAGGAGCUGGAGUUCCUCCUGCAGCAUUGGUCGGGGAAUGGGUACCCUGAGGAGCAGGAGCUGCCGUUGCAGUGCCUGACCUCGGUGUGCGCCCUGCUGGUCUGGCACCCCGUCAGCCCUGCCGAAAAGAUCAUCCGUGUCCUCUUCCCCGGCUGCACGCCCCAGGGGCGCAUUCUGGAGGGGCUGGAGAAGGUGAAGCACCUGGAGUUCCUCAAGCAGCCCGUGGUCACCAAGAAUGACUUGAAGGGCCCUCAACCUGACAAGCAGCUGAAGCAGAGGAGGACGGAGAGCAAGGAGAGUUUGGCGUCUGCCUCCAAGCUCAGCCUGGUGGAUGCUGGGGUGCCCAAGGAGAAGGCUCUGAAAACGGUGGAGAGGAAGGAAGCGAAGGUGGGGACCAAGGAAAAGCCAAAGGCACUGGGGGAGGCGGCCAGAGCAGGGUCAGAGGAGGAGAAGGCCAAACUUGCCAAGCCGGACUCCUCUGCGGAGAAGCUGAAGGCAGAGGCGAAGCCGAAGGUGAACAAAGAGAAGGCAGUGCCCAAGAAGGAACCCGUGCCCCGCAAGGAGGAGAAGAAACCACCGAAGAAGGAGGAGAGCACUGAAGGGAAGCUGGAACCAAAGAAGGAGGUGAAGGCUGUGAAGAAGGACGUGAAGGCAGAGACACUGCGGAAGGACACAAAGGACAGCAAGGCUGAGCCCAAGGCUGCUGCAAAGCCCCCAGCACGGAAGACGCCGGUGCCUGACGCCCGCAAACCUCUGGCCAAGGCUGGCAGCAUCAAGAGAGCCGCCACCCUGAAGAAGGAGCCAGAGAAACCCAAGGCCAAAGGCGGCAAGGAGCUGGGCAGCAAGAGAGAGCCGGGGCCAACGGAGGGCUCCAAGCCUUCUUCCCCUGAAGACAUGGCGCUGGAUGCUGAGGGGAGGAGGAGGAAGGAGGAGUCGCUGGAUGAAGGCAUCACCAUGGCUGAGAGCGAGCUGGAGCCAUCGCCGCUGGAGAACGGAGGGGCCGGGAGGGGGUCGGAGCCGAGCUGUGUGGAGAACGGCAUGGAGGACCCCGAGAGCCCCCAGCGCUUCCGCUACCCCGAGGGCAGCCCCUGGAGGGCCGUCGGCCCCCCAUCACCAUUGGCAAAGACCCCCAGGAGCGAGCGCAGCGUCAACUUCGACCUGACGCCCACCGGGCUGCUGCCCCCCGGCCCCGAGGGUAGCGAGGACCCAUGUGGCAGCUCCGAGGAGAAGACCCUGGAGAUGAUGUCCCCGGGCAGCUCGGGGCCCGCCAGCGCCGGGCACACUCCGUUCCAUCAGUCGCCGGUGGAGGACGGCGCUGAGGAUCCUGGUGCCAACGCUCAGCCCAACCCCUGGGCGCCUAACAGAGCCCCGCAGGACGGCAGUGAGAAGCAGGCAGGCUGCCUGUCCCUCAGCCCCUUCAAGGACGACGUCCCCGACGUGUCUCCCACCGUCACCACCCCCUCGCUGCCGGCCGAGGUUGGCUCCCCUCACUCCACCGAGGUGGACGAGUCGCUGUCGGUGUCUUUCGAGCAGGUGCUGCCGCCGGUCAGCGAGUCCCCGCAGGAGGAGAGCAUGCGGCCCCGCGCCACGCCGGAGCCCGACCCUGCCAAG